AUGAGUAAUCAUACAGAACUAGUGUUAUGGACUGAAUACAGAUCAGUCUAUCCGGGUGGGCCCUUUGUUGAUGUCUCUUAUACAUCAACUGCUGGAUCUCUUCUAGAAACCAGCUUUAAUGUUUCUAAUUCUCAUCUUGGAAUUGAAGAGGAGCUGUGCGUGGCUAAGGAUCCAGUUGGCAACUACACAGCUGAGAGAUGUGAUAAAGAGUACUAUAGAUACUGCUUUGUGGAACCCUAUACAGAUGAUCCUGAUUCUGAAGGAUGUAAAGGAUUGAUAGGCGGUAUUAGAUUUUAUUCUCCUAAACCAAUGUGUUUAACUGCGCUUCUUGGGGCUCGUGGUAUGGGUGUUAGAGCAACAUGGAUGCAAUCACACGAAAAGUGUGCAAAAAACGGAGGACAAAUUCUCUAUAAUGGAUGGAGGUAUUCGAAUGAUCCGGUCUUACAUCUCUCUUCUGCACACACUAGAGUUUAUCCUCUGCGUGUGACAUAUGAUCCUAUGCGGAAUAUAACUUUUCCGAGCGUUGCGGAAAGUUUGAUUGAGCCAAAUACUGCCUCAAAUGAAACACAAUAUGGUAUCAUACAAAACGAUGUGUGGGAAACAACCAAUAGUUCCUAUGUAUUCUAUGAUGUCAUUUGUGAGAAGGAGGCGAAGCGCAGAAGCGUUACGUUUGUAGUUAAAACUGAUUACGAGAAUAGGCUGGUACUAGUACCAAGUGGAACCGUUGAAGCAGAUGACAUUCUAUGUUAUACUGAUUCUGUCACAUAUUAUCCAACGCGUGUCAAAAUUCGUCACGACGAACGUUCACGUACUUAUAUUCUAUCACCGCCUGAUGAUGGUAAUUAUUGGUGCGUUUACAAGGAUACUAAACGAUUUUAUGUUACAAAAUCUAAUAAAUAUCUCUGGAUUAGGGAGAAAGAGUCUUUAAAACACAGCUACGCUGUCACAGUCAAGUUUGAAGAAGAAUAUACUGUAGAUAAAAUAGAUGAUAGUCUGAAGAUUUGGGAAAGGAAGCUCAAAGAUUACAUUUUCUAUUCCACGAUGUACAAAAACAGUACAGGAAUCUAUGACUUGGACUUGGAUAAAGAUGAUCAAGAUACUUUAGAACUGUUCAAAGUUGAGCAUCCUGAAUUGAAAUCGAGGAAAGAAAAAAUGUUUUUCAAAACGAAAUUGAAACAGUUAUAUUUAGAUAGGAAAACAGUUUUAUUUCAUGUUCAGUUGGAUCCGACAAUGAGGGCUGUCGCGCCAGGUUCGUGGUCUUUUAUGACGGUUAAUAUUAUGAAUCCAGUGCUUUACUGUUCAAAGGGAAAAGAGCAAUUCGUUCACAAAAUAACGACAAAAUGCGAGAUUCACUCCUGUGUUGGCAAUUUCAAUACGGGGGUAACUGUGCUGACGACCAGUGAUGAAAUCUGUAAAUUGGAGAGUGAAGCCUCAUUAACCGCCAAUGUCACGGUCCGCAUGACCGAGUCGUACAGAGAUGACACCUCACCAACAAUCAGAAGUAGCAGCUCUUCAGAAGAUUCUGAUGAGGAAGAUGACACACACACAGUCGAGCCAACUCGAUCUCCCAAUAAUACUAUCCCAACACCCUCCUUCAAUAUUACUUACCCAAUACCUCCUUUUGAUCCAAUCAUAACAGCUGAACCUUCUUUUCCAACGAUUCCAAGCACAGAACUGACUACAGAAAUACCAUCUACUACAGAAAUACCAUCUACUACAGAAAUACCAUCUACUAGUCAAAUACCAACUACUACAUGGCGACCUGAUGAACAGUUGCAGCAAGUUAUGGAUAAUCUUGAACUGCUCUUACUGAACGACACAGUUCCAGUUGGCAAUAUUACUCAGUCAUUUGAUCAAGUUGAUCAACUUCUUGAAAAUGAUAUGAACUUGGAAAUACCUGGCCGUCUUCUGAGACUGUUGGACAGGAUCGGUAAAAAUUUAAAGUUAAAUGGAACUUAUUAUGCCCGAGAAAUUAGAAGUAAUGUAGCUCUGUUGGUGGCGGACGCUGAUCCAAGAGCCCCUGUGAAUGGUCUCAGAAUAGCUACCAGAGACAAUGAUUCCUUCACUGAUGAAGCCUUUGAGUUUAUUCGCGAUGAAGUAAACUCCAGCCAACUCAACACUGACGCAAGUGAAGCAGUGGUCCAACUACCGAACUCAGUGGCCAACUCGUCUCGCCGUAUUAGCUUCGUAAUAUUUCGUAACGACCGAGCCUUUCAAAGCAACGUUACUACUAUGAGCGUUAAUAGCAGGAUUCUGAGCAUCAACGUUGAAGACACUUUAGAAUUCGAGGCCGGAGAGUUUAUAAACAUAUAUUUUCGACCUCUAAGUGAAGCAGCUCGCAACCAGACUCGUUCCUGUGGCUACUGGAAAUUCGACGAUGAAGAUAGUGUCGGCUACUGGUCACAGGACGGUUGCACAUUUAUCGAAGCAACUGAAUCUGGAAUGAUGGAUACUUGCCAGUGUACACAUCUAACGCACUUUGCUGAGAUCCUGGUCUCUAGGACUUUGUUUUCUGAAUCAGACGAAACGAUCCUAGAAAUCUUAUCUGUAGUUGGAUGCUGCCUAUCCAUCUUCGGUCUGACCGUGGUGGCCAUAACUGCCAUUCUAUUCAGAUCCUGGCGAAGAGACUUUAACAACAAAAUCUGGUUACAACUAUGUGUAGCAAUUUUGCUACUCGUUAUAUGUUUUUUGAUUACAGUUUUUAUAAAAUUCAGAACAUAUACCUUAGGAUGUAUGUUCUUGGGAGUUAUAAUACAUUAUUCUGUCCUAGCAUCAUUUUGUUGGAUGCUGGUGGCCGCUGUAGUAUCGUAUAAAAGACUAGUAAAGGUGUUCACCCGAGACGCCUCCCAUAAACUACUUAGAGCAUCAGCGUUUGCCUGGGGAGUUCCGAUAGCCGUGGUCGGGAUUCUCCUUGCAUCGUCUCCAGGUUCUUACAGGGGGCAAUUCGAAGACAUUAGCCCUACAGGUAGUUUCUGCUAUCCUUCAGGGUUAGGUCUUUGGCUCGCCGUCUAUGCUCCUAUAGCAAUCAUGUUGCUUGCAAACUGGAUCCUAUUCAUUCUGAUCCUACGAUCCUUGUUUGGUCCUAGAGGAAUCGAUAGACAUGGAGAUACCAAUGAAGCUAGGCGUUGUGCUUCAGUCAGCUGUCUCCUAACAUUUCUCUUCGGGCUACCUUGGAUAUUUGGCUUAUUUGCAAGCAACGUCGUAGCCGCUUAUUUUUUUGCUUUAACAGCUACAUUCCAAGGAUUCGUACUGUUCAUAUUUUUUGUAGUAGGAAAUAAAAAGACUAGGGAUCUUUGGCUGAACAAGUUAAAGAUCAGACAAUCUUUGAGGGUGCCAGUUACAGUGUCAACUUAUACAAAUCGUAGUACUGGCUUGUCUGGGCCGGGCUGGCGAGGAGGAGCUGCAAACACUGUUGAAGGCAAAAUUUCCAAGCCCAAAUCAUUAUCAAGCAGUGAUAACAGUAGAUUCUCCUGA